CGAGCGGCUUCAAGGAGCUGCGCCUUUCUUACUUCCAAACCAAAUCCAUUGUUCCCGUCUUAGGUGAAGGUCAAUAUGAAAUGUCGGAUCCAAUGGCUGCCGCUCAGUCCUACAUUUUUUCGAAUUCGAGCCCAGUAACUUCACGAGAAACCGAGAUUGCUUUGGUGUCGAACACCACCAGUCGCAAUGUUGCCAAAGACACUGCAAUACAGAUCAAUGGCCAUAUUGCGAACGACGUACAUCACUGGAACUUCAAAACGUUAAUCAUGAACUACUACCCGCAUUUGGCUCCGAAGAGAUGCGCUCACCAACGUUUGCUACCUGGCAAUGUGUCUGUUGAACCUAUCGCUCGACUGAGACCGAGGUCGUCUGCCGCAGAUAAACCGCCAUUGCAAAAGUUCCAACAUUGUCUUGAACAGAGUGCCAAACCUGGGCAGAAAUCAACACUUGUAAACUUCGAGUUGCGAUAUGUUGCUUUGCUUUCAAGCCUUGAUGGCAAUAAAGGCGCAGUCUACGGAAUCUUUCGGGCGGAUUGCCAAACAAAUUACAUAUCAAACAGGAUCGUAACGAGGUUCAGUCUCAGAUCUUAUGUCGAUAGUUCGGCGGACACUUCCACGGUCAUUGCUGGACAGAACAGAAUCACGCCUACUCGCAACUACGUUUCUCUGGUCACCCCUUCAGGAGCAGGCAGCGAGCAAACCCCAUGCCGCUUUUACGUUGUUGAACACAGCCUGGAGAGGUUUGAUGUACUGAUUGGGUCAGGUUUCAUUAUCAAUCUUUCAUCAUUAUCAUCAUCAUCAGCCAGACAGGACGAGCCUAUAGGCUCAAUUUGUCCAAUCCGGUCAAAGACAGAAGCACACCGCGCAUCCAACUAG